AGACCCUCUUUAAAAGAUGCACACAAUUAACAAGACUAGAAAUGUCAAAAUUUGAUUUCUCUGAAUUUUCCAUUGACAAUUUCCGUGCAAUGAUAUCACCUCUGAAAAACCUUAAAGAGCUUAUUUUACGUCACAAUAAAUUGAAUAAUGUUCCUGAUACCUCCAAUUUUCCUAAUCUUACCUUUUUAGAUUUAGAGGGAAACCUUAUUCGGCAUGUGCACGAAGAUUCUUUUCAAAACAAUUCGCACCUUGAGAAAAUAAUCUUUAGAUUAAACCAUCUGACAACAAUUCGACAGGACACUUUUACUGAAGGAAUAUGGAAGAAUCCAAAGCUACACAUCGAUAUAUCGUAUAAUCCGUUUGCUUGUGACUGUGAUCUUGAAUGGUUUAUCAACUGGGCAUACAAAAAAGGGAUAAUAGUAAAAAACAAUGAUUAUCAGUGCAAUUCUCCUAAGAAAUGGAAGGCAACUCGACUUGAUAUCCACAUCAAAAGUCUGAAGACUAGCUGCCAUCCAGUGAACAGAGUGUUUAUCACAGUUUUAACUAUUUUUUCAUUUAUGUUUAUAUUUCUUUUUGGUUUAAUAAUUGCUUGGAAGUUAAGAUGGGACAUUAAGUAUUACAUACACAAAUGGGCAGAUGGAAAACGAAGUAAAUAUCAAAAACUUAAUGAUAAGGAAUUAAAAGAAUACGACGGAUUUGUGGCAUACAACUCACGUGAUCGGAAAUGGAUUAUGUCAGAACUUGUCGACGCAAUGGAGAAGAAAGAAAACUACAAACUUUGUCUCCAUGAGAGAAACUUUUUACCGAGCUGUGCUCACGUUGAUAACAUACUAGAAAGUAUUGAAGCCAGUAGAAAAUUCAUUUUGGUACUUUCUAACAACUUCAUGGAGGAUCAGUGGUGCAAUUAUGAAACCAUCAUUGCCAAUCAUAAGUUAGCAGAUGGAAAUGGGGACAGAGUUUUUCUUAUUUUGUUGGGAAAAAUUAAUUGCAAACAUUUUACAAUCGCAUUGAAGACUUUAUUAAAAGCUGUAGAGAAUGCAGAAUGGACAUUAAAUGAGAACGGGAAGAAAUUGUUUUGGAACAAACUAAAAAGAUUCAUGAAAUAG